GCUAAAGAGACUUCUUAUAAUGCGUUCAGUGGGGAUGAAAAAACACAGCUGAAGACAAGUUUUUUCACUUUUCCAAGAGGGUAAAAAUACCAAAGUGGAGGCCGGCGAAAUGCCAAAACUACGUAAAUCAUUGUUAAUGGAAAAAUGUCGAAUUUGUUUGUGUGAUAAUGGCGUUAUGACAGAUAUAUUCACGGAUGAGUUACGUGGAAUGAUCAAGGAACUCAUCCUAAGUACCAGGAUUAAUAUUGAUGAAAAUGAGAAAUAUCCAAGGAAUAUUUGUCAUGUUUGCCUUUAUAAACUUGACAUGUGGUGUCAUUUCAAAGCGCAAUUUGUUCAAAGUAAUAAAGUACUUUUGCAACAGUUGAAGAUGGAAUUAUUAAAUCGUGCUGUAUCUACAACCAAGAGGAAACUCAGUGAAUCUCCUUUAACCCCAGAACUCAACAACGAUGAUCUGGUUGAUUCCAAAAAAAUAAAGCAAGAGCGACCCUCAACACCCCCUAAUUUGGAGAGAAAUGCAAUGCAAUUCGCAAUCUCACUAGAGCCCUCGGGGAAUCUGAUCGAACCUUUACUAACUCCUCCAGGAAUGCUAGAUAGUGCAUCGGAGAGUCACUCUCAGCAACUCCCAACCCCAGCACUGAAAGCUCGUAUCUCAAUUGGCAGACGAACUUCUGAGCAACGUUUAGCCUCCACCCAACGUUGGGAAGCUCGUAAAAAGGCUCUCUUAGCUGCCACCGGUGAGAACGACUCUGACACUGACUCAAUGGCAUCAGACGAAAAUCAGCUUUCCCCAAUUCAGAAAGCAAGGGCUAAGAACAAUGCAGAGAAGGAAGCAGAGAGGCAGCGACGCUUGGUUAAAGCAUGCAACAACCUUAGCCAGGGAGGAGCCCUGGAGAGCAGUGCAACAGAUUCUUAUCUCCAAAAAUCGCCGGAAAAUAACAUCCAGAUGAAUCUCGUCGACAAAACUGACGACUUCGUACCGAAAUCCGUCCAAUCUGAGAUCGCCAUAGGAGAUGCAACUUACAUUGUCACAUCUACACUUCUUUUGACGGAGCCCUUCAUCAAUAAGGACCAUCAGACGAGGGAAAAAAUCUCAGAAGAGCUUCCAAACUAUCAAAACACUGAUAUUAUGGAUGCCGUGAAAUUAAAACGUGUUAAUCCACAGUCGAAGGCCUUUCAAAAUGAUAAGAAAUUAAUUGAGAGAUGUUUGAACAUUGAAGUUGAGGGAACAGAACUGCCAGCACUUCAAAAAGUCCAGGCAGAGUUGGCCAAGUUCAUUGAAAUCGAGGUGAAACAAAAAUUGAUGAAUAAUGCUGCAGUAGAGGAGAAGAUUGAGCCAAAGCCCCAAGAUAGUACUCACACUUUGGAGCAGAAGUUAAAAAGCAUUAUUGAGAAAAGCCUGAAAAAUAACAUUGACAAUUCGAGAAUGAAACGAGUUCCAAUAAGCAAAAUAACGAUGGGUGACAGAAUGAAUAAGACUUUUUCCCCGUCUUUCAUCAAAGCUGCCAUGAAAUCUCCACACUUUCAACCAAAAGUUUUAUUGAGUCGAGUUAAAUUACCUAAGGUAGAAAAACAUACAGAAGUCACGAAAGGAGGAGGGGGUGGGAACCAUCGCAACAACACUGAAUUUUCCAUUGAUAACACUCAGCUUUUGGUGACUCCAUCACGAAAAACUUACGCCGUUAAAGGUUCUCGCACCCCGAACAUCUUGAAAUCCUCUCGAAUUGACAAUACACCAAGUAAAAAGCCCGACAAUUUACCCAGAGAACCCGGAGAUUUCAUUUCAAAUGUCGAUAAACACAUAUGUGGAUUAUGUGGUGCUACUUUCCCAUCACAAUCACAAGUGGAGGCUCACUACGAGUAUCAUAAAUCCCCUAACACGGUUGAGAUUAAGCACAAGAUGAUGAGAUGUAAGAGAUGUCAAGAAAUCGUCGAAGCGAAAUUUGUCAAAUCUCACGUGUGUAAAACAAAUAAAUAUAAGUGUGAAAUUUGUAAUAAAGUUUUCAAUAUUCAAAAAGGUUUGGAGGUACAUUUGAAGGAGCAUAAGAAUCAGGAGGAGCAGGUGAAGAUCGAAAGGCGAAGUGUUGAGCAUACAGAAGUGGAACCCUCCGGUUUUGUGCCUCCUGUUUUUUCCAUACCUGCAUCUGAAUCUAUUGCAAGUGUUCUGACCCUCGAUGAGGAGAACAAGGGAGUUUCUUCUUGCUUUAUCUGUGACAAGAAUUUUAUGAAUGAAGAACUAUUGAGGAAUCAUUUUCAAACACAUUGUGACAAUACGAGUGAGGGGGACCAAGUGCUGGAGGAUAAGGUGUAUCAGUGUGCAAUAUGUGGUGAGACACUCGAAUCUGAGUCUGGUUUGGAGGAUCACGUGGAGAAACAUCUGUGCGACGAUGAGGAUGAUAAUCCCAAUUUGAUUAACAUCGAGGGCAUUCUUCAGGUGCAAAUUAACAAGCAGAUGCACACUUGUGUCCAGUGUGCCCAGCAGUUUGACACUGAACUCAAUCUUGUAAUGCACAUGCAGCAGCACGAGGAAGAGGCCGCUUUCGCUGAGUGGGGGAAGGAGGGCCUAAAGGCCCAGGAUGAUCAUGCUUGUACUAUCUGUGAGGAGACUUUCACUUCUGAGGAAACACUCGCUAAUCAUUUAGACCUUCACAAUGGGAGUUGUCAUAUUUGUGAGUUGUGCGACAGACCCUUUUGGACGAUUGAUGAACUCCAACGACAUGUUAUCAGCCAUUGUAAAAUGUAUUGUGCCGCAUAAAUUCAGUGAACAAGUGGUGAGUUAGGAACACUUGUGCCGAUUGCUUUUGAAUCUCUCCGGAUGUAAGAGGUUUAAUAUUGAAGAAAAAAUUCGUCCCUUGAUAUUUGUCACAAAAUACUACAAAAAACUUGUACAAGACAGCUCAUUCUCCAUUUUUUUUAUUAUCAGUUUUAUCGAUAAUCACACGAUUUGUAAAAAAUUUAUACGGAACGAAGCCGGUUUCACCGCUUUGUUAUUGAAUUUAUCCCUCUUGAAGAGCUGAAGAGGCAGAACAUUCAAUUUUUUCUUAUCACUUUGUUCGGGGAAUUUCCUUUAGCACAUGUAGAUAAAAAACAUCUUCAUUUUAUAAAAUUAAACGUUCAAUAUGCGGCAUUA